AUGACGGGCAUGCAGCAGAAUCAUGACUCGUCGAGCGACGCUACGGUCGUCUCGCAGAGGUCCUCGGAAAAGCCUCCCGGCGAAACAUCCUCACCUGCUGUGCAGGUAAAGCAGCAGGGCCAGGAGCACGACCACGAGCUUGAUAUACCUGUCCAAACGGAGGACCCAGAGAAGGACAACGAGGACAAUGCAAUCGAGACGCCGCCCUCUGGCGCACCGCUAGACCGCGCGCCCUCGCAGGCGCAGAAGAUGGGGAAGAAGAAGAUCAUCGUGGUCAUGCUUGCGCUCUGCUUGGCGCUGUUCCUGGCUGCGCUGGACAUGACCAUUAUCUCGACGGCCUUGCCAACGAUUGCGGCUGAUUUUGGUGCCUCGGAGAGUGGCUAUUCGUGGAUCGCGUCUUCGUACCUUCUUGCGAAUGCAGCUUGUAUCCCCCUGUGGGGGAAGAUCAGUGAUAUCUGGGGCCGCAAGCCGAUUAUCCUGCUUGCCAACGUGUGGUUCCUCGUGGGCAGUUUGAUUUGCGCCCUGGCCAAGAAUAUGGGUAUGAUCAUCGCUGGUCGGGCGGUUCAAGGUAUCGGGGGUGGUGGCAUUAUCAUCCUGGCCAAUAUCAGCGUGACAGAUUUGUUCAGCAUGAGAGAACGUCCGAUGUACUACGGCCUCUUUGGUGCUACCUGGGCUAUUGCCGGUGCGCUGGGACCUAUCAUCGGCGGUGCUUUCACCACUAAUGUUACGUGGAGGUGGUGCUUCUACCUGAACUUGCCCAUCGGCGGCUUCUCAUUCGCCAUUCUGUUCUUCUUCCUUUCCAUCGAGUCCCCUAAGACACCCUUCCUUGCUGGCCUUCGUAGCAUCGACUGGGCAGGGACUUUCCUGAUCGUUGGUGGCACCCUUAUGUUCCUCUUCGGUCUUGAAUUCGGCGGUAUCAACUACCCCUGGAAAUCAGCCACUGUCAUCUGCCUCAUCGUCUUCGGCGUCUUCGUUUGGGUUUGUGCCAUGCUCGUGGAAUGGAAACUCGCCAAGUACCCCAUCAUCCCUUUGCGCCUGUUCAGUGAGGGAAACAACAUCCUCAUUCUCAUGGUCUGCUACUGCCACGGCUUCGUCUUCAUCUCCGGCGCCUACUACCUCCCUCUAUACUUCCAGACCGUCCUCCUGGCCUCCCCUAUUCUCAGCGGAGUCUACACCUUGCCCAUGGUCCUCUCGUUAUCCAUCGUCUCGGCCGGUACAGGCAUCGUCAUGAAGAAGACUGGUCGCUACCAUGAGAUGAUUGUCGCGGGUCUGUUCUGCAUGACCCUCGGCUUUGGCCUGCUGAUCGACCUGAAGCCCUACGCCUCCUGGCCGCGCAUUGUCAUCUACCAGCUGAUCGCCGGUACCGGUGUCGGCCCUAACUUCCAAGCGCCUCUCGUCGCCUUCCAGGCCAACAUCCGCCCUGCAGAUAUGGCGACCGCGACCGCGACCUUCGGUUUCGUCCGCCAACUAUCCACAUCCAUGUCCGUCGUCCUGGGAACAGUCAUCUACCAGAACGUGAUCAGCCAACAAGCCGGCAAGCUCAUCGCAGCCAUCGGCCCCGAGCGCACAGCCGCAAUUUCCUCCUCUUUCGCCGGCUCCUCCAAGGAGCUCAUCAAGAGCCUGACCGACUCCCAGCGCCAGGUCGUCCUCGAGGCAUUUACGUUCGCCCUGAGUCGUAUGUGGAUCUUCUACACUGCCGUCGGUGGCGUCGGCUUCAUCCUCUCAUUGUUCAUUCGCCCCCGCGAACUGACCCAGACGCAUACCAUCCGCAAAACCGGUCUCGAGGAGCAGGAGCGUGCGCGCCAGGAGCUGAUGGACUCCCAGCGCAAGGCCGAGGGCAAACCCGAGGCGGAGGCUUAG